AUGUCAAAGAAGGUACCAGACUCACAGGCCGCCGAAUUACAUCCCAAACCCUCCUUAAUACCGAUGACAUCUCAUAACACUCUCGACGCUUUUGGCAGUUUUCAGGUGGUCAGAGCCAAAGAGGGAUUUCCACCUGCCACUUCGUCGG